AUGGCAAAUCCCUAUGACAAGUAUCAGAAUGGAAUGGCCAAUGAAGCAAGCCCUCUCCAUGAGCCUGUCUGGAAACAACCCUCACUGGACUCUCCCUCUGUAGAAAAGAUUCCAUCAGUAAUUGUUCCUCCUCAUAGCUAUCAUCUGGGGAUUGACAAAGAGCCAGGUCUUCUCCAUGAGCCUGUCUUGAACCGUCUACCAGUGGAUUCCACUGAAACAGAACCAAUUCCACCUGUGGUCAGUCCCCUCCGCAAGUGUAGGAAGUGGAUGAAUAGAUGUCUGGGCCCUCUCCAUGAACCUGUCUGGGAACAACCACCUUUGGGCUCCUCCCUCUUCCUGCAGACUCCUGCAGUACCCAUUGAAUUUGGCAGUUCUCAUAAAGAGGAAGAGAGACAGUUGUAUCUCCAUGAGCCUAGUGUGAAGCAACAACAAUCAGCUACCUCCCUUCCAGAGAAGACUCCCACAGGCGCUGCACGCGCUGACCUUUUGGGCAGCCUGGAUGGACGUCUCUUCUCCCCUAGAGUACCACAGAGGGCAGGAACGACCCGCCGUUGUGGUCCGGACAGGAAGCGCUCGCGUUCGGGCUGGAGCGGAGCCUUUUGGGGACUGCAACUCGCUACCGCAACGGCGGAGGCCCCGUUUGCCGGCCGGGCGCCACGCUCGGAGCUGGGUGGGGAGCACGAGCCGACGCUAGAGGGCGCCGCAGCCUCUCCGGCUCUCGCUCCUGCCUCCUCCCAGCCGUUGAGCGAAUGGAAACGGAUCAGGAGCGCACGUUUCCUGAGCGGGGGAAGGAGCGGGGCGCGCUCUGAUUGUUACGGUCCCGGCGGCGGCGGGCGACUCUGGGCUGGAGCCGGAGGGAGGAGGCGUCCGAGUCGCCGUCCUUGCAGCUCGGGCCGGCCUCCGCCCUUCCUACUUUGCUGCAUCCCCCGCUCCGGCUUCGCGCUUGCCUCUCGCAGCCCCCGGCUCGCCGCCCGCCGCCCUCCUCCUCCCCCCCCCCCCGCCGCUGCGUUGCUCCGGGUUUCUGGUUGCAUCGGAAACAAAGGAAAGGCACUUGCCCCCCCCUCCCCGCUCCUCCCCGUCCUUCCCCUCCCCUCUCCGUCCCUCUGGACUCCCGACGCGUCUCGCAGCCGCGGGGGGCAGCCGGAUCGGCCGUGCCUUCCUCGCCCAGCCGGAAGAAAAAUGCCUCGGCUGCUGCCGUCGAGGCCCCGCAGCCCGGCAGGGUUGCCGCCGCCGCCGCUCCUGCUGCUCCUGCUCCUGGCCGGCCACGUCGCCCGGGCUCAGCAGUGGCGGAAUGAAAACUUUGAACGGCCCAUUGACAUGGAAGGCUCGGGGGAUGAUGACUCCUUUGAAGAUGAAGAGAUAGAGGAAAUAGAGGACUUCUAUUCGGGAUCUGGCUCAGGAUAUUUCAAGCAGGACCCUGGAUCCAAGACGGUUCUGAGGCUCACCACAGAUUCACCCAUCCUCCUUGCUACCACCUCAGCGGUGUUGCCUGUCAUGUCUGUGCAACCAGUAGCCACCCCUUUGGCACCACUCCCUACUGAGGAAGUUAUCUCUGACUCAGCUACCAAUGGUCACUACAUUCCCAGAAUUUCAGAGGCACCAGCAGUCACCAUCUGGAAAGCAGUCGGCAUUACUGCUGCCACUGCAGCCCAUGAUGUCGCUACUACUACUGCUUCUACCGUGGCUACUACAGCCUCCACGACAACGGUUACCUCUAAACCAACAACUGUCCUGAGGGACCUGCCACCUGUGAUCACAAUUGUUGCCAUGACACAGUCAAUGAUGCUUGAAACCCCAGAGGCUGCCACUGUAGCCAGAACAGAAGUGACAGCCUCUCCCCUGGGGACAACCAGUGGGACGAAGGUCAGAGAUAUGGCCAAGCUGAGCACUUCACAGGAGCCAGAUGUUACGACAGUGCCCCAGCCUCCUACAGCAACACCAACAGAACCUGCUCAGGCAGAACCCAUGGGAAUGACCCUUUCCACAGCCACGAAUAAUGAAUUUGAAGUUCCUGUCAGUGGGGACUUUGAAAUCCAUGAGGAGGAAGAGGCAGCUCAGACCGAGCUUGGCAAUGAAGUGGUGCCUCUGGUCACCCCUGCAGCUGGUCCAGGGUUGAGAAAGAAAGUGGAACCGGGGCUCCUAGACAAUACAGUAGAGUCUGGAAAUUCAGCAGCACAACUCCCCCAGAAAAACAUAUUGGAAAGGAAAGAAGUGCUCAUAGCUGUGAUUGUGGGAGGGGUCGUUGGGGCCCUCUUUGCAGCUUUCCUGGUGAUGCUCUUGAUCUACCGGAUGAAAAAGAAAGACGAAGGGAGCUACACGCUGGAAGAGCCCAAGCAGGCAAGUGUCACAUACCAAAAACCUGACAAGCAGGAGGAAUUUUAUGCAUAGACUGGAACCUUGAGUGCCUCGCCAUCUCUGUCUCAAUGCUGUCCUUUUUUUAAAAAGAAAGAACAACACAAACCCACUUCUGAUUCACCCCGUCUCUUUCUAAUCAAGUCUGUCAAGUUUCACCAGAAAGAUUGAAGAAACCCACCAUUUUAAAAAGGGUUGCACAUUUUUAGAAGGCAACAGAGCUGACUCACAUUGUAGCACAGGAGGUCCUGAAAGGAACGCCGAUGUUGGGGACCCAAGAGGUAGUUCUUUUGGCUGUCUUGUUUGGAGGAUCUUCUAGAAUUAGCAGGAAGUCCUGGAUUCAUACCUAACUCAGGACUAAAGCACUGAUUUUUUUUUAAUUAAGUGGACACUUUUGGUUGUCAGUUGUGAUACUCUUCAAGACAAGAGUUUGACUUCGUGUGCUAGGAGAUGCAAUAUUUGACAGACCAGGCUGCUCACAAGCCAUCACCUCUUCUGACUGAGCAACUGUGCUGGAGUUGACCCUUGGGACUGCGUCCUUAAAGAUAUCACCUGGUCUGCAGGGGCACUUCUUACACUUGUGUCUUGCUUCCUUUCUUCCUUCAUCUCGUUACUGUUCACAGACAAGAGACAUCAGAUGCUACCUUCCUGUUGCAAGCUCAUCCUAAGCUUGCCUUGGUUUCCAACUGAAGCUUGUGCCCAAAUUUAUUGGGAUUCACUGUGACAUUAAAUCUUGACUAGCACAGUAUUGCAAGCCUAGGCGAGUGGCUGAGGAACAUUUUUCUAAGAUACUGUUCAUGGGGAAGAGAUGGCAAUACCCAUUUUUUAAAAAGUCAAGCUAUCUUCUAAAAUCCUGUAGGAAAUAGAUAAUGUUUCACACAUCUUGAUGAAUGGUGUGGUCAUUUCUUCAUUGGUGGGGAACUGGGGGGUGAUUAUUGGGAAAGCCAAGAGUGGAAUGACGCGAGCCCAGAUCUUUGGUUCCAUGGGACUCUGUAAAUAGGUGGAUAAAAAGAUAAAAAAAGUAUAUACACAACUUGAGUGGGGGGAACUCUGAUUCUUCUGAAGCAGUAAGUUGUAGAGUAACAGCAAUCAUACAAGAGAAAUGUUUCAUUAAAGUUUGUUAAGCAAGUUCAAGUUUUCAUAACAACUUAGGACAGGUGACUGUGCUGACCCCAAAGAGUUAUAAGGAUGAUGUAAACCCCAAUGUGAACAAGGAACAAGGUAAAAAAUGGUAAUUGAUCCAGAUAAUUGGAAUGUUGGAUAUCAUGCAAUAAAAUCAAGUAAAGGAAAGAUCAGUGUUUAACCUAUUGGAAGGUGAAGUCAGAGUAACAAAUAUAUAGUAAUUGUUUGAAAAAAGACAUAUGAAUGAUAAAUGUGCUGUAAUUAUGAUGUCAGUGACAGAAUGUUGUUGUAAGAUGCUUGUGGCUCUUGGUAGUUGAUAAUUCCUGUUGAAUGUUGUACACAUGCACCUUGAGUAGAGUGCAAUGACCAGAAGCUGUGAUCAUAUAGUUUGGGGUUGUGAAGAAAGUGGAGAGGAUUUAGAGUUGUAUAAUAACACAAUCCUGACAAGUACAUAAUAUGGACAAAAGCUGGGAAUUAUGUUUCACUUUUCAAAAGCAGAGAAAAUAAUAAACAUCAAGGGUGCAGAUAAGUAACUUCCAGCAUCUAAAAGUCUGUCAAAGCCAUGGAAGGAAAAAAUAAGAGUGUUGUUUUUUGAAAGACAGUAAUUUUUAUUGAAUUUUUGAACCAAUACAGUUAAGGAUAGUAGUAGUACUAGUAAUAAUGCAAGUAAUAAUGGUUAAGAACCAAAUUAAUACAUUUCAUUUCAUUUCAACCAUUUUGAGUAAAUUAUAUAACUAAAAAUUAAACAGCACAAACUAAAAAGGAAAAAAGGAAUGAAAAAAUAUAAAAUAAAAAACACUAAACAUUGUGAAAAAAUUAGUACUUUUCUAUUAUGUCAGAGUAAUAGUAUUGUGUGAUAUUUGUUCAAAUUGUUACAAAUCAGUUUUUAAACUUUGUGUUAAACCUGGACUACCCAGAAUCAUAUUGCCCAAUAUUGCCUCUUCAUUGCUACAAAAGUUAGUUCAAAGGUUGAGAACACACAAAUUUCAUUGAGCCACUCUUUACAAUCUGACAGAUGUCUCCUUCUAGGAAUAUAUCAGAAUCUCUUAAAAAAAAAAAAAAAGACAACACUUCAGAUGGGGUAUAUCCAAAACUUUUUAUAGAUAGACAAUUUCCAAACUUUUGGAAUGUAACUUAACAGCAUAUUAACAUUCGUAAGCUUGAGGAAGAAAGAAUUAAGCUGGUCAAAACAAAACAA